AUGCAAGCGCCCUCAGGGAGCACCGAUGGCUUUCCGCCAGCCUACAAGACCCCCUGGAUACCACCGAAGCGCCGGAAAGCCGUCAUUAUUCAACCCCUCAAAAACCUAUCAGACACCCAGCAACUGCUGCUGCAUUGUUACAUCUCAUCAAAUGAUAAGGGAGGAUUAUGUUCAAAGGCACGUGACAGCGGUCAGCAGCAGAAAACGCCUCCGGUGUGUUACAGCUGGCAACUGCCCGUUAGCGCCCUUCGUGAGCCCUCUGUAUCUAAGGGAAUAAAAGCAGCAUCUGCUGCUGCUGCUGCUGCCCGCUGCACGUGUGUGGGACCGUGCAACGGCGCCGAAGAACCCACAGUUACGGGCGAGACUCCAAGACUGAGCUUCACACUUCCAAGGACCUCCAGUGGCUCUUCGAAUUUCUUCUCUGCGGAGGACGGGGGAUGCACCCGACAGGUCGCCGCCCCUAUGCCGUGCUGCGCUGUCGUUGCUGCUCCCACGCACUCAGAGCACGGAACGUCGUCCCCAUUUAGAUUCCCUUGCGUUUUAUGCUGCGUCUCAGGGCCAGCAACCAAGCGUAGGAAUUACUGGGGCCCCUCCGCAUGUGAGUGGCAGCUUCGUAUGUGCCCACCGAGCGUUUCCCCCUUCGGUGGACUACCUAAGAAACCAUCAGCAGCUGCAGGCCUGCCCCCUGCAACGGUGGCUGCGGCUACUGCGGCUGCCGUAGGAACACUGCGCCAGCGGCAGAGGUGGGCAGAGCUCCCAAGCCCUCCUCCAGGCAGGUCCCUCCCAUGCAUUGUGUACUCCUCUAAGCUCCGCAGCAUCAUAGUCCACUUCACGCUGCCUCCCUCCUGCUCCCUCCUCAUUCAUCCUGCGCUUAGGGGCCCCCGCAGCGUCCCAAGUAGUCAGUUUUUGCGGAUUCUCAAGAGCUGCUCUUACGCCAUCCCUGGUGGAACCUACUGCCGCCUGUUCAGCAGCAAACGGUAUGGAAGGCCCCUUGCAGAGACCCUUGCCAUGCAAUUCGUGGCCAGGCUUCAGAAAGAGCUGCAUCCAGGGGGGAAGCCCAACACAGAGAAGCGCCACGCAGAAGACCCUCGGCCUUCGGAAACUACAGAAAAUUCUACUAACUCUAGCGCUACAGCAGUCCCUGCAUGCGGCAGCAGCAGCACGCCUGUGGACAGGCCCCAGAGUCAGGGGCGGUCAAAGAGUAGCCAGGAAAUAGACUCAGAAAAAGGCAGGGCAACAGACGGGUGUGGGGCGGAGCCCUCCGGGGGGCCCCCUCACAAGCGACCCGGCGAGGAAGCAAAAGCUUCUCAAAGCGCAGGACCAGCAGCUGCUGCAGAUUGCCAUGACACCCCCGUGGCUGUGCAGCCUCGCGCCAGGGGACGUCCAAAAAGCAAAGGAGGAGAGACAGCUACAGCACUUGACGCAAUUGAUCCCGAAGCAACAGCUGGAACGGCAACAAGGGCGUCAAACGCCGUGGGAGGCCCCCUCAGAAGACCGCAAGCACCCCAAGUAUGA